AAUCAAUGUCAUCGUAAACGUUAUCUAACUACCUAUGAAAAUGAAGUUGUUGAGUGUAGCCAACGCACGUUCAUGUUUACGUAUAGGUAAAUGUACCAGACUGCCAAAGGGCUAUUAUGUACCAGCAGCAUCUUAUGCAGGAGGUAGAACAUUUGGAGAUGUCAUGGAAGAUGUUUCGAAAAUUCGAAACAUUGGAAUCUCCGCUCACAUUGAUUCAGGAAAAACGACACUGACAGAGCGACUCCUCUUCUAUACAGGAAAACUGGCAGAAAUGCAUGAGGUAAAAGGCAAAGAUGCUGUUGGAGCUAAGAUGGAUUUCAUGGAACUGGAACGACAACGUGGUAUCACUAUACAGUCUGCAGCUACAUAUGUGCUUUGGCAGGGCCAUAACAUCAACAUCAUUGACACACCAGGCCAUAUAGACUUUACUGUUGAAGUAGAAAGAGCACUGCGAGUCCUUGAUGGUGCUGUUCUUGUCUUGUGUGGGGUUGGAGGUGUCCAGUCCCAGACGCUCACAGUAAACAGACAGAUGAAACGAUAUAAUAUUCCUUGUCUGGCCUUUGUCAACAAGCUGGACAGGGGUGGAGCCAACCCUUACAGAGUGUUGAAUCAACUCAGAUCAAAACUGAAGCACAAUGCUGCUCUAUUGCAUCUGCCAGUAGGAUUAGAGAAGGAACAUGAGGGAAUUAUCGAUGUGAUUGAGAGAAAAGCUGUCUUUUUUGAUGGGCCAAUGGGUCUCAAUGUUGUUGAAGAAGAAAUUCCACCGGACAUGAGAGCACAGACUGAAGAUACUAGACAAGAGCUGAUUGAAAGGGUGGCAGAUGCUGAUGAGAGUUUAGCAGACUUAUUCCUGGAAGAGAAAACACCAACAGAAAAAGAAAUUCAUGAUGCCAUUAGAAGAACAUGUUUGAAACGUACUUUUACCCCAGUCAUGCUGGGAUCUGCCCUCAAGAACAAAGGUGUGCAGCCACUGUUAGAUGCUGUGGUGCGGUAUCUUCCCAACCCCACAGAAGUAGAAAACUUUUGUAUUGACAACAGUGUUGAGGGGAAGGAAGAAAAAGUUGUGAUGAAUCCAGCGAGGACAAGUGACAAUCCAUUCAUUGGUCUUGCUUUUAAGUUGGAAGCUGGGAGAUUUGGCCAGUUGACCUACAUGAGGUGUUACCAAGGUGCCCUGAACAGAGGAGAUACCAUCUUCAACACAAGGACAGGCAAGAAGGUUCGGGUACCCCGUCUUGGGCGUAUGAAUGCUGAUGAAUUGGAGGAUCUAAGUAUGACAUAUGCAGGCGAUAUCUCGGCUUUAUUUGGGAUAGACUGUGCCAGUGGAGAUACUUUCGUCACCAAGGGCAAUACCCAUUUGUCAAUGGAAAGUAUGCAUGUGCCAGAACCUGUUAUAUCCAUGUCUAUUAAGCCAGUUGACAAAAAGUCAAAUGAGAAUUUCUCAAAAGGUAUAAGUCGAUUCACAAAGGAAGACCCAACCUUCCGUGUUUAUUGGGAUGAGGAGAAUAAGGAAACUAUUGCAUCAGGAAUGGGCGAGUUACAUUUAGACAUAUAUGCUCAGAGAUUAGAACGGGAAUUUAAUGCCAAGUGCAUCCUGGGAAAACCAAGGGUCGCAUUUAUAGAAACACUAACCAAUAAAGUGGAAUUUGAACAUUUGCACAAGAAACAGACUGGAGGACGAGGAGAAUAUGCUAAGGUCAUAGGAUCUGUAGAGCCUCUUCCACCUCAAGAAAACACCAAGAUUAUAUUUCAGGAUGAAACUAUGGGAACAGCUAUACCAAAAAAUUACAUAGCGGCUAUUGAAAAGGGAUUCAGAGAGGCUUGUUUGAAGGGGGAAUUGAGUGGUUUCAAAGCAUCAGGAGUUAUGAUCCGAUUAACAGAUGGUAUGGCCCACCAGGUUGAUUCUAGUGACUGGGCUUUCCAACAGGCAGGAGAAGCAGCCAUGAGGAAAGUGAUGGAAGACGGUCUGUGGCAAAUGUUAGAGCCGGUAAUGGAUGUAGAGGUGAACUUUCCUGCUGAGUUUCAAGGGGAAGUUCUUGCCAGUCUCAAUAAACGGGACUCCAUCAUGAUGGGACAAGAUGCUAACGAUGAAUUUGUAUCACUUUUUGCACAGACACCUUUAAACCAAAUGUUUGGCUACAUGACUGAGCUUCGAGCUAAGACCCAGGGAAGAGGAGAAUUUACUAUGGAGUACAGUCGAUACUGCCCAAUGAAGCCGGAGAUAGAAGAACAGCUGAUAGAGGCUCACAGACGGGAACAGGAGCAACAGAACAAAAAUCUCAAACGCAAGAAAAACUGAUGUUGGUCAAACAUAGAGUUAUGUCCCUUACAAACCAUUAAUUUAUUCAAAUAUCUGUGAAUGCUUGUAGUGUCUUCAGACUAUUUACCAGAUAACAAGGAAAUCUAUUGGUAAUAAAUCAGAAGUUUAUAAGGAUCAGAAAGGAAUGCCAUAUCGCCGGUUAUUUUUGCCGGAUACUUUUUUUUGCUAUUUUGCUAUUUUGAAGUAUGUUAUAAAUGACCACGAAAAUUUCAUCCAUGAAAUAAUGAUGUAUAAGAUGUCCUUUUACAUCCAGACAGCGAAAUUUUAAUUUGUUUAAACAUAAUUGAAUCAUUUUAGAACAAAAUUGUGAAAAUUAAGAAUUUUGACACAUGAAACUCACCCGCUAUCCAGUACUGUGACAAAAGGAAAAUAGAAUUAAAAUGGCUGCCAUGAAAUUGAUUCAAAUUUGAAUGAAUUAUCAGUUUUCCUUAUCCUGUGAGACAUGGAUAUAUUACGGGUAUAUGUCCACAUUCUGUUGUAAAGAAGUAUGUGUAGGUUACAUAUUAUAUGUAGUUGCGAAGAUUGGUUAAAUCUUAAUUAUUAAAUAUACACUGCCAGAAAACAGGGCAUUCUACUGAGGGUUUUGAGGGACUGAAUAUAAGGGCCCCAUUCACAGUAGAAUUUAUUUCCAAAUAUGGUCGAAUUCCCAAAAUGUAUUCAUGAAGUUUACUCCUGUAAAAUUCCUCCCCAAUUGAUAAAAUUUUGUCCCAAAAUGUGAUAAACAGGCUUUAAAAAGAAAAACCCUGGUACUGUAGGAUGAGGGAUUUUAUUUCAUCAAUGUUUUCCAGAAUUAAAUACAAUUGCGACAGACAGGUAUUUCGAAAAUGGGAAAAAUUACAUGGCCAUUGUGCCAAAUACAUCCUGUUUGCAGUACUACGUGUUCUAUCUGUAAAAUAACUGCAGUGAUAAAGUUUUUGUACUUUUAUUUUCAUGGUUGAUUAAAUUCCAUGACAUAGUGAAGAUCAAAUAUUCCCAUUAUAUACAUAUGUAUACAUUGUCUUAAAGGGAAAAUAUUCCUAAAAUGGUACAUUUGUGUUGUCCAACUCUUUAAAAAUUAUAGUUUAAAUAUAGAUUUACCAGGAAUUAAAACUGUGACUGAAAAUCAUAAUUUUUGAUCAAUUACUUCAGACACUGUUUUACAGGCAUCCCUGGUUAAAAUUUGUCGUCCUUAUUCCAGUCCUAAGUAUACAGCUUUCAGUAUGCUACUGCAUCCAUCUGUCCAUCUAUUAACUUGAUUUUCAAAAUACUUCUAACCCACAUUGCCAGACUGGAUUUUUAUCUAUUUUGAUUUGAAGUCUUUUAAAAUGGAAAAUCUUUCAAACUGUUCUUCUUUUCUGAUUCUGUUUAGAUCAGGGAUUUUGAUGAGAAUUGGUCUUGAUCAUCCCCAGAUAGACUGAAGAGUUAUCAGUUUUGUAUAAAUAAAGGGUCUGACCCCAACUGGGGAUGAAGUUUUUAAAUUUUACUUCAAAUUAAGCGAUUUUUAAAUCUAAUUUGAAUCAUAUUCGAGUGAUAUGGAAUAGCUUUUAUAUGAACUGUUACUCUCAGACCCCAUGUUAAAAGGUGGGGCCAAAUGAGAAAAUUGCCAAAGUUGUUCAUAUCUUACUUAAAUCUGUACUUCCAUCAAGGUUUACUUUACAUUUAGUCCUGAAAAUCACACUCCAAGUCGAUCAGACAGACUUUGAAUCCUGAAAGUUAUUUACCAAAUAUACUGUAUAUUUUGAUGUACAGAUCCAAUAUACAAAGUUAUCAUGCAUGACAUGAGUGUGAUUUAUAUGUAUUUUUUGAAAUAAAAAUAUAGUGAACUGUGGGUUGCCUCCCUUGAAUUUGGUGUCCUAGAUUCCAAAAUAUUUGUAAAACCUGUUAAACUUUCUCUUAUCAAAUGGUCUAGUAUUCUUGUUACAAAUGAAAACAACAUU